UUUGUCAACAGUUUCGCUUUCAUUACCGCGUGCUGCACAGGAACAACUUGAGUUCUUCCUUUGUUAGAACAUGAGUGAAAGUAACCUUGAAGAAGGCAGUAACUCAAACAAUCAAGUUUUUAAAGACGCUGAAAAUCAAAUCAAAGAGGUCUGUGAAGUACUGCAAAGAGAAGCAACAAGACUUCGUCAGGAGCAAGAAGCAAUCGACGCCAUGACGAAGAAAAUAGAUCAUGUCCACCUUACUUCGACAAUAAACCUCAAUAUUGGCGGCCGCCGCUUCACGACAAGUCUUCAAACCUUGACAAAGGAUCCAGACUCCAUGUUAGCUGCUAUGUUCUCCGGGAAGUUUGAGGUGAAACCAUCAGAAGACGGAGCUUUCUUUAUCGACCGAGAUGGCAAACACUUCCGGUUUAUACUAAACUAUCUCCGCGACGGAGAGCUGAUUGUACCAGAAGGCGCCACAUUUCUUAAGGAACUCGAAGCUGAAGCUAAGUUCUAUCAGAUUAAAGGGUUAUUGCGGGAGCUUAAGGAUAAAAUACAAGAGUGUUUUGAAAAAUCAGUGAUACUGAUGAAUGAAGAGCACCGGAGCACGCUUAAAGCUUGGUUGCCUCCACAAGACGGCAAAUGGAAGCUUCUGUUCAGAGCUUCUCAGGAUGGUUUCACAGCUCAAGCCUUUCACGGCAGAUGUGACAACAAAGGACCCACGGUUACCAUUGUCAAAAGCGGAAACAACAUUUUUGGAGGCUUCACGGAAAAUUCAUGGCACAGUAAGUAUAUAGAUUAAUUCAACACUUGGCAUGGUAGAGUGAGUGGCUGUGUAGGGAGGAGGGGGAGGGAAGAGGGAAGUAGUUGAGAUCAUCGCCGUUUAAAGUUUCCUUUCUGAUGAUUUAAAACUGCUUUAAAAUGUUAAAUUUGGACAUUAUUCCAAAAUUUGUCUCAAUUGUAUGUUUGAUUUUUCUUUUCUGAAACAGGUCAGGGUAUUUACGUGCAAUGCUUAAAGUCAUUCGUAUUCAGCAUGGUGAAUCCGCAAGGAAUGGCUCCGAGAAAAAUGCCUCUUGUAAAAAAUCAGCAAAAUGCCAUUUACUGUAAUAGCGACCGUGGACCAACGUUUGGAGGAGGGCAUGACAUAUAUAUAUCAACUAACGCAAACUCAAGUGGUUCAAGUUACAGUAAUCUCGGCCACACGUAUCAGCUUCCCACCGGACAGCAGAACACAUUCUUCACGGGAGCUCGAAAUUUAAAUGUGACGGACUACGAAGUCUUUGGAAUCUGCUAAUGACAGCCGUCACAAACAUUUCAGAAACCAGCUAGUUAAACUUCACAAUAAUUUGAACGAUCUUCACGGUUAUAACUUUUUUUGAAAGGUUAACUUUUAUUUUCAUUUAUUUCAUCAAAAAGCAUUAUUUACAUCUGUCCGAAGCCAUAAAGCAAAGGACAAGAUUCCCGUAUAAAACCAUACUACACCAUCAGACUAUGUCUAUACGGAAAUCUUUUCGAGCAAAGUUCCACACUUCGUUACACAUACUGUUAUUAGAUAAAGAAAAGCAAUGGCAACACAGUAGAUUUCCUUUUCAUUUGGGAGUACAGCUUCGUUUUACUGCAUAGUAUUGGGUUAUACGGAAAGCUUUCCAGUUGUUUGGCUGACGGAAAAGAAGCCGUCACAAGCACUGAUGCAAAAUCUGUUCAACACUGUUAUUUAUGGAGGAUAGCAGGAGCCAUUCAAUACAAUUAAUUCCUCAGAUAAUAAGUGUGUAGAUAAGCCGUAAACGAUCCAAUCAUUCAUAAACUUUUUUCAUUUGUGCACUCGUUUCACCGAUGGAAAAGAGCCGGAUGAAAUAAAGCAAACAAAACUAGGAUUUGGUAGGCCGUUCUUCAUGGAGCUUAAUAAAUAUACUGUUGACUUGACGGUGGUGUAUCCAAGCGAAUCGCCAGACUUUCGAUUACGAUUCUUGCUGUAAGAAUAAAACUUUAAAUUUAUGAAGCUGUUUAUAUCAUCGGACGAAUGCUGCCUACCGCACUGAUUGUGAUUCAAAUGGCGGACAUGAGAUAUAAUUGGUGAUAAUAACCUAAAUAUGACCGCUGUUUGACAUCUCGAUGUUUUCUCAAACAUAAUAAUCUAGAAAAUAUUCGUUAAGGUCAUGUGAGGGAACAAAAUAGCAUAAUGUGAACAUUCUUGCGUUCAUAGUUUUCGUGCUGAUAAGUAGCUAUAAGUGACAGGCGCAGUUCUUUAAUAAAUAACAUCUAUAAAUCAAAUAAGGCAUGUUCUGAAAGUGUUCUUUCACUGAGCUCUUCGCAUUUGUAAAUCUUGAGAUAAGAACGGUGACUGAAACCGUGUUAUUGAAUUAAUUUAAAUGUUUCAAACGUGUCACGCUAUUGCAAGUCACGCAUCUCUUGUCUUGUUGACGAACGACCACGCAUUUAUUCUUCGUUUGAACCUGACUUACUACUUUGAGACAACAUUUCAACAUUUGUUAGUUCUCGGGAAAAAGGUAGGGUUAAAAAAAUUCUUAUGGAAAGUAAUUCAACAGGCAACCAAGUUCUCGAAGACACUGUAAAUAAAGUCAGAGAAGCCUGCGAGGUAUUACAACGAGAAGGAACAAGGUUUCGCCACGAGCAGAAAGCUAUCGACGCCAUGUCGCAAAAAAUGGAGCACGUUCAUCUCUCCUCAAUUGUAAACCUCAAUGUUGGCGGCCGCCGUUUUACAACAAGUCUGCAAACGCUGACAAAAGAUCCAGACUCGAUGUUAGCUGCGAUGUUCUCCGGGAGGUUCGAGGUGAAACCAUUAGAAGACGGAGCUUUCUUUAUCGACCGAGAUGGCAAACACUUCCGGUUUAUACUCAACUAUCUCCGCACUGGGAAAUUAACUUUACCAAAAGGAGCAACAUUUCUAGACGAACUUGCGGAAGAAGCUGAGUUUUACCAUAUCCAAGGGAUUCUAGACGAGUUAGCAUCUAAAGGCCCGGAAUAUUUUGAAGAAUCAGUGAUUCUGACGAAUGAAGGACACCGAAGCGUGUUGAAUGGUUGGUUGUCUUCACAAGAAGGCAAAUGGAGGCUUCUAUUCCGAGGUUCCCGAGAUGGCUUCCAAGCUCAAACGUUUCACUCCAAAUGUGAUAACAAAGGGCCUACUGUCACCAUCAUGAAGAGUGGUAAUUAUAUUUUUGGAGGAUUCACUGAAAUAUCGUGGGACUGUAAGUAUGUUAGUUGUGAAAGGGUUAUUAAAUAA